UGUGUCCAACAGCGUGACACACAAUGUUGUACGCGCUGCUGUGUGCGUUGUGUGUGUGCGCGGUGCACGCACACCAACACAAACAUCAGACAGAGCCAGCAGAAGUGAAGCCGGCCGCGCCACUGACACACAGCGUGUCGGGCACGUUCCGCGGCUCGUGGAUGGAGACGCGCCGCGGGAGACGCUUCCAGGCCUACCGCGGGAUACGAUAUGCAGAGCCCCCUGUCGGAGCAUUGAGGUUUCAGCCACCGAAGUUGAAGUUGCAGUACGAAGGUGUAGUGGACGCGAGCGAGGAGGGCCCAGCCUGUCCUCUGCCGGCGCCUCCCACCUACUACGUUGCCGAGGACUGCCUCACUGUCAACGUCUACACGCCGAUACUGAACAGCACCAAACCGCUCCCCGUGAUCUUCUUCAUCCACCCCGGCGGGUUCUACGCGAUGACAGGUCGUAGUGAUUUAGCUGGUCCUCACUACCUACUGGAUAGAGAUGUUGUCCUCGUUACCAUCAACUACAGGAUUGGAUCCUUAGGUUUCAUGAGUACUGGUGAUGCUUACGCUCCCGGUAACAACGGCAUGAAAGACCAAGUAGCCGCCCUCAAGUGGGUGCAGAGGAACAUUGCAGCGUUCGGCGGUGACCCGAACCUCGUCACGAUCACAGGCUGCAGUGCCGGCUCCAUCAGUGUCAUCUUGCAUAUGAUAUCGCCCAUGGCGAAGGGUCUCUUCCAUCGCGGUAUAGCAAUGAGUGCGUCUCCUGUGAGCAAAGAAGUGGAAGCUAUAACUCAUCAGCGACACCUCGCAGUACGCCAGGCACAGAUCCUCAACUGCCCGACAGAGAACUCGUCCGUCAUCGUCGACUGUCUCAUGACCAAGCCUUGGAAGGAGCUUGGAGAUUCUCUGCCUAAAUUCUGG